AUGACAUCGGAGAUCGCCUUGCAAGAGUCAACUACAUCGCAAUCAACCUCCAUCCGCGAUGAAUCCGGAAAAGGUGUCGAAGAUGCCAAAAUGAAGAACGAAGCGGUGCCGGCCUCUAGGGAAGACACGAACCCAAGCCUGCCACAAGAAGAUCUUGAGGAACCGCUUACAUAUCCUGAAGGAGGAUUGCAGGGCUGGUGCGUGGUUCUGGGUUCUUUCUGCGCCAUGGUGUCUGUAUUCGGAUUGCCCAAUACUGCAGCCGUGUUUGAAUCCUAUUUCUCCGAGAACCAAUUGAGUGAAUACAACCCUUCUCAGUUAGGGUGGAUAUUCUCGAUAUAUCUCUUUGUUUUGUUCCUGUUUGGAAUUCUAGCCGGGCCAGCCUUUGACAGGUACGGCCAUCGAGGGUUGGUUGCGGCAGGGAGUCUGGUAAUGAUUGCCAGUCUAGAGAUUCUUAGCUUCUGCACAGAAUAUUACCAGAUCAUCCUGACUUUCUCCAUCAUGGCCGGUCUUGGUGCAUCCCUUCUCAAUACUCCGUCGUUGGCCAUCAUUGGGCACUGGUUUAAUACCAGGAGAGGCCUUGCGAUGGGUCUCGCAGCAACCGGUGGUUCAUUCGGGGGCGUCGUAUUCCCCUUUGUAUUGCAAGCUGCUCUGCCGAGAUUCGGUUUCGCAUGGAGCAUGCGCUUACUUGGCCUGAUUUACCUCAUCUUCGCAGUACCAACAAAUCUUUUGAUGAGAACACGUCUUCCACCAAGCGAAAAGUUCGAUUCCAUCUGGCCGGAUAUACGGCUUUUCAGAGAACCAAAGUUCGCCUUUUGCUGUGGAGGUGUUUUCUUCAUGGAGUACGGGGUUCUGAUUCCGCUCACGUAG